AUGUCUUCUCAACUUAAUCGAUACUGGAUACCCAAUUUUGAUAUCAACAAGAGAGGAGAAGACGGAUAUCUGAUUAGCACACCAGGAGAGUGCUUAACAGAUGUGAGCACCAUUAUGUACAAAAGACCGUCUGAGAGAACAGAUAGACGAUAUCUGUAUCAAGUCGAAGGAGCUCUGGGAGAAGCAGGCAGCGGCUCGAGCCAAGAAAGAGUCAGACAAGCAACUAAAGCGGCCUCUGCACCAACCAGUCAUAAUUUCAAGAGGCUCAAAGCCCCGUUCCUCAAGGUCCCAUCGGCCGGAUCAUAAGAGUUCUUGAAAUUCGAAUGGCCUAGGCUUGAAAGAGGACGAAAAUGAUCCUAACGAUGCAAGUAUCUUGCGCAUGGAUAUUUCAGCGAGAGCUAAAGAGCGUGGCAUCGUUCUUCUUUCAUAGAACAAAAGGGCUCGAAGUCUGCCACAGGGCAAGGAUACUGAACUGUUGCGGAAGUAAAAAUGCAUAGAGCUUGCAUACAUCUUAUUGUUGCUGUUGAUAUCCUGGUUUCUUAUGUAGCCUUCGCAUCUUUUGGAGGUGUGUUUGUUUGCGUAUAAUAUGCAUAUCCUUCUACAUAUCUGCCAUUGUUCCAGUAUAGGAAAAUUCAUAUGUUGGCACAAUUUUUCUCGAGAUGUAAAUGUCGGGAACAGAUGUCAGUAUCUAGAAGCCAUUCUUGCCAAUUGUGAUUUUUUUGACAAUGCAAACCAAAAGUGCCAUUCCCUCUAUGGAGGCGAUCAAAGGUCCUGUGACUGUUUUCGCCAUGUCUACCGCUCGAAUCAUAAUCGUUAGCUAUACCACUAGUCUUAGUCGUAUUUGAUGCAGCCGACAUUAGGACCCGUUUAAAGCCUCACAAUCCCGGACAUCUAGGUUGAGGUGAGGCUGCAUUUUAAAUGCGAUCGAAUAGCAUGUUAGGCUGAGUUGAUCUGCAGCCAAGAACGAAGCGAGGCAUUACAUGUAGUUGCAGCUCUUUAUCCUUGCACUGAAUUUACCGGACUUUGGCG